CGCAAACCCUCCAAAGCAAGCUCACAAGGGAACUCUCUCUCCCCACGAACCAGCUGCAAACAACCUCGACAGAGCUAGUGCAAGAAAUCGAGUCGAGCAGCUGCAAAGCAACUGAUCUCAGGAGAUGGCGGUGGAGCCGAACAUGGCGCGGCGUCUGUGGCACGUGGUGCGCGCCGUGCUGUUCAUGCUCCGCAAGGGCGUGUCGAAGCGGAAGCUGGCCAUGGACCUCCACCUCCUCCUCCAACGCGGCAAGAUCGCCGGCAAGGCGCUGGGCAACCUCAUGACCGCCCACGGCCACCACCACCACCACGACAAGGCCGCAGCCGAGGCGGCGGUGCCGCCGCCGCAGCAGUUCUCGUGCCGCGCCCUCGACCCGGCCCUCGCCGUCUACGACCCGCGCGGCGUCCGCGAGGUGGAGUUCAGCUGCAGCAACACCCCGUCAUACCCGUCCCUCCACCUCAUCUCCACCGGCAAGCGCCGCCGCCGCAACAACCGCCGCACCCACCGCGGCGCCAACGGCGCGGAGCCGGGGUGGUACAACUACGACGCCGCCGACAUUGCCAGGGUCUUCGAGAUCCUCAACAACAACGAGCAGCUGCUCAGCGGCGGCGACAACGCGUCGCCGGGCGCCGAGCAGCCGUCGCCACUCGCGCUGAUCGCCUCGCCGUCCCCCGCGCUGUGGGCGAGCUUCGGCCGCACGCCCGCGCACGUGAGGCAGCUGAGGAUCACCGACUCGCCGUUCCCGCUGAGGGACGACGCGGCCGGGGACGGUGGCCAGGUGGACCAGGAGGCCGAGGAGUUCAUCAAGAAGUUCUACGACCAGCUGCGCACGCAGCAGAGCCUCGCCACCGCCACGCCGGACUACGGCCACGGCUCGUACGCGCGGCCGGUCUCCGGCAUCGCCUAAUUAAGGAGCCAUCUCGUCCACACAUAUAUGUCCAUAUAGCAUGCUAGUCUCAACCUUAUUUUUGUUCAAGUGUGAAGUGUGUAUGUGCUAUAUGGUAUAGUAUAUAGUACAUGAUGCUUGUGCAUGGAUCAAAGCAUGUUCGUAGAGAGAUAGGCAGCUACUCUAGAGCUUGGCAGCGAGAUAUUUUGCACAAAGCCAUGUUUGCAAGCUAGAUCCAUGCAUAGUAUAUAUGUUGUACACACUAUAUGUGUAUAUUUUGUUGGUGACAUGUACUUUGUUGCAGUCAAGGUACAUGAUGGAAAGACAUUAGUACACAAGAAAAAUACUGGUCGUGAUACUCAAUCAUAGAAGUUCCUCAUGUGUGUGUGUGUGUGUGUGUGUGUUUCUGGGGUUCCUCAGCUCCUCUUGUCCUGCUAGCCACAAGAGAACUUGUAGUUGUAUUGUUCUAGAAACCUCCACAACAUGUAAUUUUCAGAAAAUCUUUGGUUGGCAUGCUGUCGCGGAUCGAUCAAGCUGUCUUACAUCA